AGUCAAUACUCAAUAAUUAUCAAGCCGGUAAAUAUUAGUACUGUUAUCGCAUCCUAACCUUACCUGCCAACCUGUAUUCCAGUCUAGGAGUCACCGUAACUACAUAAACAGCUGAGCUUGGACACCGAACUGUUUCCAAGAACACUUGCAGCGCAAACUUUGCGGCUCCGCAGUCGAAGAAAUUUCUCGCCCGGUCCUUUCAAUUUUUACUGCGGGCAACGAGUUCAUUCGCUGUCGGCCUACCUACUACACCGUACUCGUCACAAAGUGAGCAAGGAGAAGAUCAUCAUGGUCAAGUUGCACAUCAAGCGCGGAGACGAGAGUCUCUUUCUGUAUGACACGAGUACACGGAUAGCGAUGGAGGAGUUGCUGCACGAACUGGUGGCGCUCAGCAACGCUCGCGAACAGGUGCUAAGACUGAGCGAAGAGAUAUUGGACCUCGCAAAGCAUGGCGUGGCAAUGGCUCCAAAUAUGCAGGGCCUUACAGAGGAACAGAUAGCAGAGUUGAAGCUAGAGGACGAGUGGGCAGCACGGUGCCAGCCAAGCGGUGGCUCUCGUCUCAAUCCGGACCCUCAGGGACGUCGCAGUGGACAAGCACCAAGUGACAAACUAUCCAGUGUUCUCACCCGUACAGCUGAGGAAGCGAAAGAGAAAGUCUCCAAGAAACAAGCCGCCGCCAACAUCUGCCUAACAAUGGAGGAGGUGACGCAAUGCUUAGAUCAAUUACGAGGUAGCACAAUGAUUGUGUACCCGAUGGGCUUGCCGCCUCAUGAACCAAUACGCAUGGAACUUGAACAGAAGAUUGAAGAAGCUGUAGCUGGAAAACAGGCAAGCAAACUCAUCUUGGAAGAAUCCACUGCACAACUCUGGUGGGCUGGAAAGGAGAUGAUGCGAGGCAAGAAGCUGCAUGACUAUGUCGGCAAGAACGAGAAGACGAAGAUCAUUGCCAAGCUGCAACGUAAGGGCCAAGGAGCACCUGGUCGAGAGCCGGUUGUUAGUGAGCAAGAGCAGAAACACAUGAUGGCGUAUGCGUAUCGGCGCCAAGAGGAACUCAAGAAACUGGAAGAAGCAAAGGAUGACUCCUACAUGUCGUCCGACUGGGCUGAUCCCAACUCAUUGAAGCGAGCCUUCCAAGGUGUCAGCAAUGUGUCGUGGAAACCACGGUAACAUGUGACGGAUGUCAGGACCAAGGGGUUUUCCCCCACCAGCCAGCAUUGAACCGAAUGCGGCUUUUAAUAACUGCGUGGUGUUUGGAGAUGUAAUGAUUGUGGUGUUUGAUUAAUUCCAGUCGCGGUGUCUCCUCACGCGGCUAACCAACAUCGUCACUGACAUGUGCUGAGACGUGGUCUGCAGUUAGUGUCACAGUGGCAGUGUGCGGCGGACUAGACAGACGUAUACUCCAAUGCAAACAAACCAUUACUUUCCUGCCACCUCUGCCGGGUCUCCUACAGACCUACACUAGGCUACAGACAUACAUGAUUGUGUGAUGUAGCCGGAAUUGGCCCGUAACAUUCCCAGACUCUCACUGACGGUGUGACUAACUCAACUUACUUGUUUUAAUCAAAACAAAGGACUCCGCAGUGCUCGAUGGGCAGCUCUGUCCGUAAUCCAUGCUGCGUGUCACAGUGUAUAUAGCCAUCGUGUUUAGCCGCCGUUGCAGCUGUUAUAACUUCUCUUGCUGCAUCACAACACGGACAGCCACACGGUCUGCCCGGCCUGUG